UUGAAGGAACCGAAGCACAACGAACUAAGCACCGUGCCACUCUUUGCUAAGAGUAUCGGCAUUCAGAAAUACUGUGAAAUGAUGAAGUUUCUACCCAGGUUACUUUUGCUAUUGUUAAUAGCCUUCCCAACAACUAUUGUACUGAAAGGACCAUUGGUGGCAGCACAGGAUGCGACUGAGGACGAGGAGGCUGCUGAUGAAGACUUGGGAGAUGACGUGAUUGCUGAGGAUGAUGACGAGGCUGAGGUAGAGGAUGACGAAAACACAGAAUUGACGGAAGAGAAAGAGGAGGAGGAGGAAGAAGAAGCAUUAACGGGAGAAGUCAAAGCCUCCCCCCAUGCAGACACAACCAUCCUCUUCGUCAAAGGAGACGACUUCCCGGCCAACAACAUCGUCAAGUUCCUGAUGGGCUUCACCAACAAGGGCGCCGAGAACUUUGUGGUGGAGUCCCUGGACGCCUCGUUCCGCUACCCGCAGGACUUCCAGUUCUACAUCCAGAACUUCACGGCCCUGCAGCUGGGCAUCGUGGUGCCGCCGCUGCGCCAGGCCACGUUCGAGUACUCGUUCAUCCCCGCAGAGCCCAUGGGGGGGCGCCCCUUCGGCCUGGUCAUCAACCUCAACUACAAGGACAGCAAUGGCAAUGUGUUUCAGGACGCCGUUUUCAACCAGACCGUUACGGUCACAGAGAGGGAGGACGGCCUGGAUGGAGAGACGAUCUUCAUGUACGUGUUCCUCGGUGGUCUUGGACUCCUCGUUGUCGUUGGGCUUCACCAGCUGCUGGAGUCAAGAAAGGACAGGCACGGCGGGAGCAUGAACAGAAAGCUUGUUAAGGCAGCCGAGUUCCUGCACAUGAUGGAGAGGAGGAGGCCGGUGGCCAAGGUGGAGAUGGGCACGGCCAGCCACGGAGACGUAGACAUGGACUGGAUCCCUCAGGAGACGCUCAACCAGAUCAACAAGGCCUCCCCCCGGAGAUCGCCGCGCAAGAGGACGCAGAAGCGCUCGGCUGGCUCAGACGAGUGAGGCCCACAUGCGGCCCACAUGCGGCCCAGUUGCUGGUUGGGUCACGUGAUCUUGUGGCCGCACUGUGCUUCAUGUCCACUGGGGAGGGUGUGUCAAUCCCCUCCACACACACACACACACACACACACACACACACACACACACACACACACACACACACACACACACACACACACACACACACACACACACACACACACACACACACACACACACACCGCCCUUUUUAGAGACUGCCCUCUCCAAACAUAAUUUAAAUUUCAAGUCCCACAACAUUGUGAGGUGGGGGAGGAGUUUAAGAAGUACGCCAUUAGAUGAACUUUUGGCUGACCUCUGUCUUUGAAAAGAGGUUUGUUUCGCUUGUUUUUUCCCCUCUUGUUUUGUGUUUGUUUUGACGAUAUCUUGGCAUGUUGAUUGAAAUGGUUAGUUUACGGGUUUAAACUGUAAACACAGAUUGGUACUUCAGGGCAAAACAGCAUCAAAACUCUAGGAUGUGCUCCAAGAUAUGUUUGCUAUUCUUUUUUGUACUUAAGCCACAUUUUAUUUUUAUUUGUGUUUUUCUUUUGCACUGCUCCUGUGUGCUGGAGUCCAAGGUGUCCACGGCGGUUGCCAUGGUGCUCCAGAGUCCACAGGGAAACUCCGCUCUGACUGGCCGUCUGAAGUGCACUGCGAUGUUCAGCACUCAGCUCCUGAUGCGAACUCUCCUGAUAGAAGCUUAAGAUAUGGGUUGAGAUGAGAUUUCUGAUUUGUUUUGUUUUUUCUAUUUUUGGAGCCCAUAUCUUAGAGGUGCCUCAUACGACACAGUGAAUAUGUCUAGCUCCUGCUUUUCUUCUCAAAGUUCCCGUUUUGGAUGAAUUAUCGCUACUUUGAUGUCAGGAUUUUUAAACCUUUUUCUUUUUUUUUUGUAUGUUAUCUGAAGAAAGCACUGGUGUAUAGGGGGAUUCAAAUGGGGGUCAAUGCAGUUAAUUUAUUUCCUUCUGAUUGGUCAGAGCUGUUGAUUUUGUACACUGUACGUUGCACUGGUGCCAGGAUGCUCUACUGUACUCUACUGUACUCUACUGUACUCUACUGUACUCUACUGUACUCCGAUACGACGCUACGCUACGCAACGCGUCCUCACGAGAGCCCUGCGGAGACCAGCGGGCGCCGCCCACACCUGCUUCCUGUAGCAACUCCUCGCCGUCACACCUGACUCUGCUCACCUCCUGCUGUCACACCUGACUCUGCUCACCUCCUGCUGUCUAGGUGCUGGGAGAGCGAGAGCACACUGAUAUCCAUCCGCUAGACAGCUGAGGAGUCCGGAGCGUUCUGUCUCAUAUCCCAGCUGAGGAGGAGCGCUCUGUUAGACAGCUGAGGAGGAUCACUGUCUCAUAUCCCAGCUGAGGACAUGCUCUCUUGUUUUCAACAUUAGCCUUUUUACCAUGUUGAACUGAUUCAGUGGGAGGGUGCUGGUCUGGUUUGUUUUUUUUGUUUGUUUGUUUGUUUGUUUUUCUUUUGAAUGAUAAGACAGCUCUGUGUCUUGUACAUUUUUUUAAAAAGUCUUUUGAGUAUUAGUGACAUUAAUGUGUAAAAUUGGAGUGAAUGACGUGGACUGAAUAGGCAAAAAAAGAAAUAAACGUGAAUGAAACUUUG